AACGUCCAAAGACUGGUAGUGAUGGGAAACUCGAAUCAUUUUAGUGACUCGAGAUAGUAUCUCACUCACUAAAGUGAAUCAUACUCGAUUCACUCAUGUCACCCGUCACCGAGCGCAUGUACACACGUUGCGAAUCGGGUACAUAAUUCCCAUGUGUGCAUGUACAAGAAAUCUGCUUGAAUCCGGUUACCUGACUUCCUUUUUAACUGAGCUAGCGUUAACAGGGAUGAGUAAGUGAACGAGUUGGAUGAAGUCAAAUAAUCGCAAAAUUUGAACGACUCGUUUAAUACUCAUACUCACCCCUCUACUGUCUGGGUCCCUUGGAUGCCGAUGCUAGUAACAGCGCUAACAGCGUGUGACUCGAUCCAGCAAAGCUAUCCCUAUAUCGCCGUUUCCGGCGGCAUGGAGUGGCCACUGAGCUAGGAGAGCCGAGCCAUGGCUAAAAUCGAGUGGGAAAAAGAUUAUCCUUUAAUUCCGUCAGGAACUGGACCAGGCGGGGCGAUGAGGGGUCACGGACGAGCUUCAAGACAGAGAAAGAAGAAGAAACACGGCAGCGUGGUCCAAUCAGUCUCUCUGAGCCACCAGCGUUGGUGUGUGAGGCUGCUGAGGUUUCUUCACCAGCGAGGAUUCACGGCAACGCCGCUGCGCCCGGCCAUCUUCUCUGACACGGGCCGAGGUCUGCAGGCUGUCGGGAACGUAAAGCCGGGUCAGCUGCUGAUUUCUCUGCCACAGUCUUGUCUCCUCACAACCUCCACCGUGAUGGACAGCUACCUGGGCCAGUACAUCAAGAGCAUACCCCGCCCCUCGCCGAUGUUGGCGCUCUGUGUCUUUCUGGUGUGUGAGCGCCACAGGGGAGAGGAUUCCAUUUGGUUCCCCUACAUGGACGUCCUACCUGAUGCUUACACAUGUCCCGCCUAUUUCUCCGAUGGUGUUAUGGCGCUUCUGCCGGCCGGCGUGCGGCGGCGUGCUCUCGAGCAGAGGGAGGUGGUGCGAGAAAUUCACUCCUCCAAUCAGGACUUUUUUCAGACCCUGCAGCCACUCCUCAGCCAGCCUGUGGAGGACGUGUUGACGUACGAAGCGCUCAGGUGGGCGUGGUGCAGCGUCAACACCCGCUCCGUCUUCAUGCCUCAACCACCAAAUGAGUUUUUGCACGGACAAGACGUUUACGCCUUAGCUCCCUUCUUGGAUUUCCUCAACCACCGGCCCGACGUGCAGGUCAAAGCAGGUUUCAACCCCGCCACCAAAUGCUAUGAAAUCAGGAGCGUUGGUGGGACACAACGCUUCCAGCAAGCUUUCAUCAACUACGGUUCCCACGACAACCAGCGCCUGUUACUCGAGUACGGCUUUGUCGCCCCGGGCAACCCGCACAGCGUGGUCUACGUGGACACAGCAAACCUCUGUGAGGUUCUGAGAGGUGACAGAAGUCUGGAGCAGAAGAUGAAGUUCCUCAGAGAGAAUGACUUCAUUAAUAAUCUGACCGUGUCCAGUGAAGGUCCCAGCUGGAGGCUGAUGAUGACGCUCAGAUUGAUGUCACUGCCACAAACACAAUAUCACCAGUGGAGGGCAGUUUUGCGCGGCCAGGAGAUUGGCGAGGAGGCCGAGCGGUGGAGCCUCCGUAUGGCAGUGAUGCUGUGUGAACGACUCCUGCUUGACACACUCAGAGCUCUGCAUCAGAUCUCCAGGCUUCUCCAGCAAGGGGAGGAACCGAAAGAGCAUCUGCAGGUUGUGGAGUCACUGCGGCUGGAGGAGAAAUGCAUCCUGGGAAGCUGCCUGGAGUCGCUACGACAAUCGCUUGGAGAGGCAAGUGUGUCGCCAAGCCAAGCGAUAGGAAGUAUGCAAGCUGAUGUUUGACUGCAAGCAUUCGGAACGACCGCCAGAGAGACCGACCUUGACUCUGACAUUGACAAAGAUGACUUUAAUCACAAUGGCACCAAACACAGUUUUUAUCCGUCUUUUAAACUGUCACUGUGUUGUUGUAACUCUCAACUUGGAAGUGUACCAACAAGAUGCCUCUCCUAAACCUACCUGGAAUAUCUUCGCCUCAAAUUGUGUUCUGAUAAGAAUGGAAAGGAAGUCCAUCAACGCCACACACCUUACCAGUCGGCUGUUUAUAGUUGCACAACAGUCUUUUUUAUGUGCUGAAGCUGCACACUCUCCAUGGCAACUGUGGCUUCCUGGAGAGACGCCGCCGCCUCGGGCUGGGGUCUGCAGAGACAGCGGAUUUCCAUACCGUCAAUGAACAGCUUUUCUCCAAGAUGCGGCUAUGUCAUACGCUCAAGAAAAAGGAUGCACGUACGCUGGCGCCGUCCAUCACCAGGAGCGUGUGCCCGGCCGCCAUGCGAGCGUGAGUGUGAAGGGCGCUGUACGCACGGAGACCAUCCUGCAGCGCUCCGGCAGCAUUUACGUAGCUGAGCUUGUUUGGCUUCUCAACUGAGGAUCACAUUCACAGAUACUGUUCAUCCACGUCGAUGACAUCACACAGGCCAGAGCAGGUGGAGUCCAGAGGAAGAAUACCUGGUGUGCAAGGGGAAGAGACCAUCAGAUAACCACAGUCGAUGGUACAGGGCAUGGUGCAUCAUGGGUAAGAGUCCCCUACCGACAACCUCAUCGUCUGGCUGGAAGAAGGAAACUUUGGAACCCACUGCAGAGACAAACAGCCAGCAAGUUAGAGGAAAAUUUUACUUUUUUUAUUUCUAAUUUUGCCCGUCAUCCUUGUAGGCCUGUCACAAGAACACAUUACGCUGGACAAUACGUGUCAUUCUAAUUAUUGCCCAUAAACAAUAUUAUUAUCAACAUUAAUUUGAGACCCUUAUCGCAUAAAUGUAAUCAUAAUGUAUGAAAUAGUAAGGCAAAUACACUGUACCACAAGCGUUAAACUUUAAUUUUGAGUAUUUAACAUUGUGACUGGAAUGUUAAGAGCUUUUAAAUAAAAUCAAUUAAACAAACAACGUAAUACAUAAAAAAAAAGAAAAAAAAAAACAAUUAAAAUAAAAUUGACUCUCAGUGUCUUUUGGCAAUACUUGCACUUAAAUAAAAAUAAAACAUAAAAAUAACAAAAACAAUACAAAAAUAGACCCCUGUGUUAGGGAGAAAAGGAAUUCCAAUUGAAACAACCACAACUGGCCACCAGCCGGCUGGUAGCUAGCCAGUAGCUAGCCGGUAGAAACCCAGUAGCAAGCCAGUAGCUAGUCAGUAGCUCGCUAGCCAGUAGCUCGCUAGCCAGUAGCUAGCCAGUAGCUAGCCAGUAGCUUGCUAACCAGUAGCUAGCCGGUAGAAACCCAGAAGCAAGCCAGUAGCUCGCUAGCCAGUAGCUCGCUAGCCAGUAGCUCGCUAGCCAGUAGCUCGCUAGCCAGUAGCUCGCUAGUAGCUAGCCAGUAGCUAGCCAGUAGCUAGCCACACAUUCGCUAACAAUGCCUAAGGCCACUAGCCAAAGGUAAUGCUACAUAUUGGAGCUGCCGCCACUGCUGCUGUAUUUUUGUUUUGGAUUUUGGAAAAGUUAACACAAAGUGUAGCGUUCCUUUCUAUGUUGCUGUGUGACAUCCAUGCAGCCACGAAGGAAGUUCUGCUAAUAAUUAAACUGACAAAAUAUGGUAAGUAUUACAUGUUAUCAUGAAUGUAUGUAGUAACAGUACAUACAUUUAAUAGCAGGCUUUCUUGGUGGAAUAGGUGUGUCCCAUUACGUGGCUGAAUUAGCUGCCGCUUUUAGCUGUUUUUAUAGCUUUAGAACACACAGAAAGACAUGUGUUCAUGUCUCACAUAAGGAUGGCGGAUGAUGGGCAAAAUUCCAUAAGUGCACUUUUCCUUUAAGAGAACAGCAUCAAUGUCAACAGUGAUGUUGAGCUGUUGAUGAGCUUCCAACCUUCUCGUACGACGCCGGCCACCUCCCUGCCCACGGGUAUCAAAUCCCUUUGCAUGCCCACAUCUUGGAGAAACUGCAGCAAGCAACACAAGCAAGGACUUCAACCUGAUGCACCGCUUGCACGACAACUUCUAACACAUAGUGACACAGCAGAAGCGACGUUGGGAAUAUUUACAUGAAAUGACAUGAUUCCUGUUACCUUGAGGUCCAGAGGGCUGAGUCCACACGCCUUCACUUGAACUCUGACCUCAUGGCUGCCUAAGACCUCAGGAAGAGUCUGGGGGGUGGUACAUCACAUAAAGACAUUGCGUUAAUGCGUUAAUUAUUACACCGAUAAAUAACAUAACAUACCAUCAUUGGAUUAUGACCAAGAUUUACUUCGUCAGUACCUUUUUUUGUAAUAUCGUCAGACAGACGUGUCGUCAGUUUUAGCUUUUAAAUGAGAUUUAUUAAUUAAUGUCUUGUAUUUACAUCCAUGAGCUAAUUCAAAGACAAGCUUGACAAACAUGACUCACCGUCUCCUGAAUGACGAAUUUCAGCUCGCCCCCAUUGGUUCGGCAAAAUAAGCCUUUCAUGCUAUUUCACUUUAAAUGCCUGUUUACUGAAACUGUAAAAUGUAAUUAUUUGUGUACAGUUUAUAACAGAAAUGUGGUUAGAAACUGAUAGUUGAAUAUUUAUCUCUCAUUGCUCUGUUUGGUUUACUUCCUGUAUCAUGUGACUGCUUCUUCUUUUUCGCUCAACGCAAUGGCUGCAGCGCCAUCUGUCCACAAAUAUUGUCAUUACAAUAAUUCGCUCAUGCCAUAAACAUUAACUUUAAACAUGUAAAUACUAUCCACAUUAGUAAUGCAGUUUUACUGGUAUAUUAAUAAGAUGUUAGCAUAUACAUAUGCCUUUCAUUGCAAUCAUAGAUGUUGCAUAUAUGUUAUUUUUUUUCUACCUUUUAUGUAUUGGGUGCAGAUUUUUAUUCACAACAAGGUGGCCUUAGGAUGUUCUAACAGCCUUAAAGUAGGCAUGCCAAUAUCAUAUCUCUACAUCUGAUUAAUUGGUGUCUUUUAUGACCGUCUUGUAAUAGAAUUAUGCUCUGUUAAAUAAAGUAAAAAGUGUCCCUUUUAUGUUAAUAAGUAGU